AUGAAUCCUCACAGUUCAGACGAAGACGAUGACGCACCAGAGGCCGUCUCGCUUUCCCAGUCAAAGAAACUCAUCCAACAGCAGAAUUCCUCUAUCCGGAAAUUCGAAAAUGCUCAAAAAGAGAAAAAACGAGCGAAGAACCGUGAACGGGACCGCAAGUUGAAGGAACAAGCUCAGGGACGGAAGAAGGGGAAGGGGAAGGAGGCGGUUGAGGAGGAUGAGGAUGAGGAUGAGGAUGAAGGAAACUCUGGUGAUGAAGGUGAUAAUGAUGCUAUUGCCCGGAUGCGACGAGCAAUGAAGGACGCUGAGGAGGAGAGUGACGAGGACAUGGAUGACGACGUCGAGAUGCAUGUCGAAGAAGACGAAGACGAAGAAGCAGAUGAAAGCGACGAGGAGGAGGAAGAAUUUCAUGGCUUUGACGCACCGCGAAAAUCUAAUCACCUUCCCGACCACCUCUUCGCCUCAGCAGCUGCAUCUGUACCCUCUACCGAGAAGAAAACCAAGACAAAAUCACUGAAAGAGGCUGAGAAGACCAGGAAACGGAAGAAAUCCACGUCUAAUAAGGCCAAGGACCGCGUGCUUGGGUCUCGUAUCAUCAGAGCCUUACCCGAUCCCAAUAAGCCACCUUCUGGUACACCCUCAAUGGUCCCUACAGCAAAAAUUCGCAAGUUUCUCGACCGCAGUCUGUCUUUGAGGAAGACUGACAAGCGUGUGGGCGGUUGGGAGAGGAGGGCCGCAAAUAUUGGAAGCAUGAAAAUAAAUCACGGCCCAGCAGCGCACUUUGUACGGCAACAGUCAUGA